UCGUCAAAUUCUGCCCGUCACCUGUUUACAGUGUAAACCGAUAUCGUUACGUGCGUUUGGUGAGACAACUCUGUAAUCACGUUCCUCUGUAAUCAGUUCCAGGCCAUCUAUCGAACGAUACCCCCCACCCCCCAGCGGUAAAGGCUUCCUUACCGCUCGACUCUGCCCCUCACCCGCGACUCGCUCCUCCCCUCGAUCCGUCCCGCGCCGCCGCCUCCCUUCCAGUCCAGCGACGCCGCGCCGCCGCCUCCCCUCGACCCCCUUCGGUCCUCUCCUCCUGGUCCAGCCGCCGGGUUGACCUCGCCGCAUUAGUCGCCGGGAACGACCACGCCAGCCGCCUCCGACGCCGAUGAGGGUGGACCAUUGAAGCCGCGUACGAGGAGCACAAAGGCCCAUCUGCCCAUCUCCGGAUCGAUCUCUUCCUCCAUCAGUCUCCUACUACAGAUCUGAAGAUAUGGACCGUGUGGAUAGCUCGAGCACGUCUCGUGGAAGAGGCAAGAAUAAAAGGAAUUGGUCUUCCGAUGAGGACGAUGAGCUUAUUAAAGCUUUGUAUGAGUUAUCUUUGGACCCGAGGUGGAAAGCUGAUGGUGCCUUCAAGGGUGGAUACCUGGGGAUAUUGGAAAAGCAUCUUGCUGAAAAGUGUCCAGGCCGUGGUAUCACUGCAUCUCCGCACAUUGAAUCAAGAGUGAGGCACUUCAGGAAGAAAUUUGGUGCCGUUGAAGUAAUGCUAUCCAAAAGUGGUUUCACAUGGGAUGGAAGUCGAAAGAUGAUUCAGUGCGAGAAGGCACAAUAUGAAGCUCAUUGUCAGAUUCACAAGGAGGCUAAGGGAUUGUAUGGUGUAUCAUUUCCAUACUUUGAACAAUUGGCUGCUAUCUAUGGCAAAGACAUUGCAACAGGAGAAAGUGCGGAAGGCUUUGGAGAGGCAGUGGGAAACUUGGAGAAGGAAAUUGCUAUGGAGGAAGAAGAAAAUGAGGAAGAGGACAUGAUCUCAACAGGAACAGCUCCACGGUCCAUUGACACUUGCUCUAUUGAUACAACUAGUUCGAAGAGGCAGAAAAAGGAGCCAAGGCCAAAGAGGGCGACGGGACCAGGCGAUCCAUUUGCAGCCAUGCUUCAAGAUGUUAAUAGCCAGCUGAACAGCGUGACACAACAUGUGGGUGCAAGGACAACAUCAUUUACAGCAGCAAUGGCGCGAGAAGCAGCACAAGAAGACCCUCAACAGAAAUCAAGAGAAAAUGCAAUUAGUGAAUUGUCUAGGCUUGCAUUUACUGGGAGCGAGAUCGUUGAAGCUGCAACUAUAUUCGCUAAAGCUCCAGAGCACAUGAACAUGAUGCUUGUGCUUCCAGGCAUUCUGAGGAGGGACUUCGUCCUGAAAAUGCUGUCCGAUGAAAGAAAGAAGCAAGGUUGAUGGGAAAGAAGGUCCUUCUCCAGUAAUGAUGAGAAAAUAAGCAAGGUUCAUUAGAAAAUGGGAUCAGUGGUGUGGCGUGGAAGAUGAAGAUGAAUGGAAAAGCUUCUUUGCAAGAUUGUGAACUGGGCCUUCCUAUUUAUCCUAUAAUAUAAAAACAAUUUUAGGGACUAAUUAUGUAGUUUAUUUCGAAGUGUCGUUGAAUUCCGAGUUCGUAUCAUUUUCAUUUUAAAAAUGUGUAAUGUCGUUACAGUGGAGCCAAAUUCUGGUUAAAAGAUGUCUUUGCAUUGGAUGAAUGCAAAAAUAUUUCUAAA